AAUGGCGUUGACUUGUAUCCAAGUUUUGUUGAUGAUUGGGAUGCUUGUCACUGGGAGCAUAAAUACAAUCAGUAAAAAGGCACAGAAUGAUUGCACAGUAAAAGGUUAUCCUGGUAAAAAUGGAACAAAUGAAGAACAUGAUUUUGAUCAUCCUUGGUUUCAAACAUGGAUUAUGUUUAUAGGUGAAAUGUUUUGUUUGAUUGGUCUGCUGAUCGUUAGAAGAAAGGAAAUACAGACAUGGAAAAAACUGUCCAGUUGGACAGAGAAAGUGGGAGGAGCCCCAUUAGAGCCACCAACCCAUAAAAGGGUUUUUCAGUGGAUAUUCCUGAUUCCCACUGUGUGUGAUUUGAUCGGAACAUCUUUAGCAGGUAUUGGUUUGUUAUAUGUUGAUGCUUCAGUAUGGCAGAUGUUAAGGGGCUCUAUUAUAAUAUUCGCUGGUAUUCUAUCGAAAGUAUUUUUAAAGCGUAAAUUAGUAUUAAAGCAUUGGGCUGGUAUGUUGACGGUGAUGAUUGGUUUAGUGUUAGUUGGUUGUUCUAGUGUGUUUAAAUCUAGCGGAGAUAAUAAAGGGUCUAAAGCCUUAUUAGGAAUUGCUUUAAUUUUAGGAAGUCAAGUUGUUAGUGCCAGUCAAAUGGUUAUAGAGGAAACGUUUCUCAAAAAUAAAAGUUAUCAUCCUUUACAGGUCGUAGGUAUGGAAGGUACAUUUGGUUUUCUACUUAUGUCUGUGGCCGUGUUACCUGCAAUGUAUUUUAUACCUGGACCACAGGUAGAUAAUAGUUAUGAGAAUAGUUUAGAUGCGAUAUAUCAGAUGGGUAAUAGUGUUAGAUUGUUGAUAUUCUGUCUGCUGUAUCUAUUCUCCAUUGCUUUCUACAAUUAUUUUGGUUUAGCAGUCACCAAAUCUUUAACAGCUGUUCAUCGUACAUUGAUUGAUGCCUGUAGAACUAUAUUGGUUUGGGUAGUCGAUCUUUUUAUUUAUUACGCCUUUGAUAAAAAUUUUGGUGAACCAUUUGAUAAACAGUAUGGAAUAUUACAAGUGGAUGGUUUUAUAUUUUUAAUGAUUGGAACAGCUUUAUACAACAAUCUAAUAGAUUUAUCAUUUAUACCUUGCUGUAAGGCGUCGGAACAGGAAUUACAGGCCAUCAAUAGAAAUCGCACGAUACAGGAUGACGAUUCUGCUAGUGAUGUCGAAGAUGAGGAAGAACCGUUGAUUAGAGAACGACCAAAUGUUUAUACUUAAAAUAUUUAUAACCACGAAUAUCAUAUUCAUGUUGUCAUGGUGAUCAUUGAGCUUCCAAGGCAAGAAACAAGUUACCUGUCACAAACACUGACUCGGCACUGAUUUGUCUUUUUCUAGUGUUAUUAUUUAUGGUUCAACACAACUAAAAUCAUUAUAUUCCAGGCCUUUUCAUUAAUCAUGCAUUAUACAAGAGCUAAAUCUGCCUAUUGCAGGUCAUUCUUUAGGCCUGAAAUGCUAUAUAAACUAUUAAUUAGACAUUUAUUAACAUGACAAGACUAUAAUCAACUCUUUAUGGCAUCGGAUACUCACACCCAACCGUGAUAAGUAUAUACUCACACAGUUAUCAUAAUAUCUUUCUUAAAACAUACAUUAUACAAGAGCUAAAUCGGCCUAUUGCAGGUCUUUCUUUAGGCCUGAUAUAUUAUAUAAACUAUUAAUUAGAUAUUUAUUAACAUGACAAGACUAUAAUAAACUCUCUAUGGUAUCCGAUACUCAUGAGGAGUAUAGCAUCCAUGUUAUUCAUUGUAACAUUGUAUUUAUAUACCUCCCAGUUAGUUAUAUUUAUCAAUUGUGAAUUUUAUGUUUUUAAUAUAUACAUUCAUCCAUCUGUGAAUUUUACGUUAUAUAUUCAGUUAUUAGGUUGUUAUGAUUACUAUUGAAGACACGUAAAAAUGGCCGCAUGAAGUCAAACAGAAACCAAUAUGAUAAGAUAGGUAAUAUAAGAUGUUUAUUGCAUCAAAACGUCCGUGAAGGACAGCAUGCAUACAUAUACACUUAGACAUAGUCAUAUACAUUCAAUAAUACAUAUUACAUAGACAACUCAAUACAUUCAUACAAACAGUAUACUUUAUGUACAACUGUACAUGUACAUGUAUAUCAAAUAGUAAGUGGAGGAAGACCGCACUACACACAAAACAAAAAUCUACAAUAUGAACUUAGUAAUAUAGCUCACUACGGUUGUUUUAGGUUGUAUCAGAUUGAUUUAUUGUGUAAUACUCGUACCAUGUGUGUUCAGGCCCGUAACUAGGGGUUGCAAAAAGUUUUGGGAAAAAAUAGAUAUACAUUGUCCGUCAAUAUUACAGCACCCCCGAGAACACUACCCGCCCCCCUCGUUGCUCCAAGCUAGUUACGGCCCUGUGUGUGUUGUCUAAAUUCUUGUAUGUUAAAGUAGCUAAGUCUCGACUCAGUGGUUCUCAACCUUUUUUUGCCAACGACACACCUUGGAACACAUGAAAAAAUAGCCGCACACCUGGCUAAAAUAUAUAUGAAAAUUUUUUUUGAAUUUUGCAAAAUAAAAACAUGGCAACUCAUAGACAGCAUACAACCGUAGACAGAGACUAGUCAUAAGACACAUAGAAUGACUCAAACUAAAUAAAGAAAAACACAGCUAUGAACUUAUCAGUAGACACCAGUUAAUACUCAAUUGGGAUCAUGUGUUUUUUUGCAUUUUCUUAGUGUGCCGUUCAAAAUUCCACGGCACACUGGUUGAGAAUCACUGCCCUAACUCAAUAUCAUCAAAAGUCUUUGACAUUGAAAACAUGAAUUUUUUGUCAAUUUAAAUCAACAUUGAUGUUGUGAUCUCACCGGGGAAAAGAUGGGCUUCUGAUAUCCAAUAUUUAAGACAAAAUAAACAUUUUACCAUUUUUUACAUGAAUCAUGUACCAUAAUGCGUUUCAGCGCCAUUUGUAACAAGGGACUCAAAGAGAAUGAGGCUAGACAUAUUCCACAAAACAUGUCAAACUGAGACGCCAUAUUCUUAUCUGGAGAACGUGCAAUAAAUACUAUCGGUGUAGACUGGAAUAACCAGAUGCUAGAGAUUGCCAUUCAAUUGAGACUUCUGGCGUAUUUCGCUGAACAUAACUGAUUAGAAAUUAAAGUAAAAACAGAAACGAUUGAAUGUAAAUCGGUUUACAUCCAUUCAUAUUACAUUGUUAUAUGCGUUGCGACCCAUUUGUGUUAAUUUCUAGGUCCUAAAUAUUAGCGAUUUAGCUCCUAUAAUACAUUUACUCUCAUGUUGUAAUAAUUUUGUGUUUUUUGAUAAAAGUAUUGAAUUUAGAAGAGGACAUAGAAUAUUUCAAUGUUUUUAGUGGCUACCUCAGUGUAUAUAUAAGGUGAAACAGCUGCUGGUUUAUUUUUUUAAAUUUAUAUCAUCAUAAUUUGUACAUUUUAUAUGUUUGAAACUAUUAUAACUUGAACUCAGUAACUAAUAUGUAAAAAUACCAUUUCAUUGUUGUAUAUACUGGGACUGCACCAUGGAGCAGUUUCAUUGCUCUAUAUAUUGGGACAGUAACUUUGUAUACUUUUUGUAUAUAAAAUAUUUUUUUCAAACUCA